UUCUGUUUAAUUUUGAGCGGGAGUUCAUAUGAAAUCAAUGGAAAAAAACAAAAGGCGAAAGGUCCGUCUCCCAUACAGACCAGGGGUUUGUGGCGUUUACAAGCGUAUGCAGAUGUUUUUGCCUGAUGGAGAAGAAUUGCUCGCUUUACUUCCGUGUGGAGAAGGGUCCUCGCAAAGGCGAAAUGAUAGACUGCACAAGGAAGAAGAAAAUCAACAUAGGCAGGGUGGUGAAGGGAAACAAUUUCGUCAUCAAAGAAGAUGGCGUGUCUCAGAGGCAUCUGCUGAUUGAGUUGAACCAGGCCAAGAAAUGGGCGGUCACAGACCUCGAUACUUCAAAUGGAACCAUCCUCAACAAUACAAAGCUCCUUCCUCACAAGCCCCGUAUCCUCAAGGAUGGGGACCUUAUCAAAAUUGGAGCCGAGACCAUCAUCAGAGUGUUCUCUAACCCAAACCCUAGCCCUACCCUAAACCCUACCUCUAAUCCUAACCCUAACUCUAGCACUAGCUCAAAGCCUCGCCCUGAACCUAACCUUAUCCCCUGCCCUCCUCCUCAGUCCGUUGUUGGCUCCACCGAUCAAGCAGCCGGGCAAGAUCAAGCAGCGGGGCAAGACAUGACUUUGGCUCAGUGGUUUGAUCAGAUGGAGGAUUGGAUGCCUAAGCAUUUGGAUGAUGUAGCACAAAGUAUCAUCAGCCAGAUUAGAGCUCGCUCCCGUGAGUUCGAUGCACACGUCAUUGAUCAAUACAAUUGAAUUCAAUUUUGCUUCAGGGAGUAGGAAACAAACUAUAGAGCUGUUUCAUUUCAAUUCCUCAGGUCCACAUUUCAUAUCACUCGAACUAAUUGUUCUUUCGCCUUUUGAAUAUUUCUGUUUCUGGGAAAAACUUGUACUAUUGUUGCUAAUAUUAGCGCUUAGUUAUUUGGUCUACCUUUUGUGAAAAAAAAUUGCUCAGUGCAAAUCGA